UGAACCAAUAUGUGGAACUGAUGGAAGAACUUAUGGCAAUACAUGUGAGUUUCAGAUAGGAGUUUGUCUGAAUAAGCAACUUGGACAAUCAUUAGCUGUCUUAGGAUACAGUGAAUGCUAUAAACUCCCCACAACUACUAAAUCUGUUCCAACCUCUAGAAAGAUGACUUCUUCAAAGCCAAGUACUGCAGCAUCUACUACUCUUAAACUGACAGCCACACAAAAACCAGCAACCUCCCCCAAACCAAUAACUCACCCAAAACAAAAUGCAACCACUCCCAAACCAUCCACUUCACAGAAACCAACUACUACAAUCCUUCCAACAACCACCACCAGAAAACCACCUACAACCACCCCCAAACCAACUACUACUCUAAAACUAACAGCCACCCAAGAACCAACCACAAGCACCAUAAAACAAACAACUUCACAGGAACCAACCACAACCACCAUAAAACCAACCACAACUCUGAGACCAACCACUACCAAACCAACCACAUUCAAACUAACAACCUUAAAAGCAACCACUCCCAAGGCCACUAAACCUGCCACCCCAAAAGCCACAAAUCCGACCCUUACCCCAGUAGUGAACAAGGUAACCACUACAGCACAACGGGAUUGCUCUCACCAGCAUAGAUGUAUAUGGCCAAAUCGAGUGUGUGGAGAUGAUGGGAAAACAUAUUAUUGUGAGAGAAAUCUGAAUAUCAAAAACUGCAGAGAUGGCACCAAUGUAAAAGUAGUUGGGAAAGGUAAAUGCAGGGAAACGCCCACACCAAGUGUCUUCAAAAUGACCACUGCUCACAAGCUGACAACAACUCCAAAGCCCGACUUCAACCCUUGUUCUGCGCCUUGCUCUAAGGCCCACAAAGUGCACUGUGACGAUCACGGCAAGAAAUACGGGAGCCAAUGUGAGAUGUACCAUACUUUUUGCCUAUCAAAAUUAGUUUGGUACUGGAAUCCAAAAGAAGUUGCUUGCAAGUUACCAGACUGGCUGGCAGCCAUCAUUGGUUGAAAAGUUCAGUUUAGUUUUUAUGAUUAAUGCAUCCAAGAUUGUACUUUGGCAUGUAUCUAUUCAGUUUUAUGAAAGUAAAUCAGUUCAAAGCAACCUGAUGCAACGUUUUAUGUUUCCACCAUCCCUAGUGGAAUAAGAUAUCCUCGAAUGAAAUUAAUGACAAACAAAAUAUAGGUUGAUUUUAUCAUAAUUAUCAUCAAACAUUUUAGUUAAAGACACCCAUAGCUGUUUAUUCCUGGAAGAUAAGAAUGCCUGAAGAUUACUAGUAGAUUGGCCAUGUUUGAAACAAACCCAUCUUAUUCCCCCUUAAAUCCUGUGAUUUUAUUUUGUAAGAAAUUCCAGAAUGUUUUCAAGACCACUCUGGUCUCAUAGAGAAUAUGGAAAUUUA